AUGGAUGUUGCUCGGUUUUCUCUGCGGACCAAAUCUACAACUGUUUUGUCCAAGUUGUUCAGGGUAUCUUUCAAUGGUAUUUGUUUUUCUAUAAGCUUGGUUGAAGACUUUUCUGGGCUUGAAUCUCCUUCGGUGAAGUGUAUGGAGGAUUCUUCCUCUGACGGAGGCGAUUCGAACUCUUUGGCGGAGUGGAGUGAGGAUGAGAUCAACACGUUAUUCGAGGAUGGUAAAGUGGAUGGACUAUUUGAUGGGAACGUUUUAAAAGUUAAUUAUGGCAAUUCAACCUCGGAGGUGGAGGCAUGCCUUUCAGUGCUCGACUCAAAUUUAAGUGGAAACGUUGGUGCAGUUUCGAAUGAACUUGGUGAUGGCUUGUCGGGUGGUAUUGGGAAUAAGCAUUUUUUGAACAGGGAGGAGCAUGAUGUUGCUACAGUGGUCUGGAUGAAAGCUAGAGCGUUAGGUGUUUCAGGAGGGGGUUCAGUGUCGCAACAAAUAGAAGUUGUGAGGAAUUUGGAGAUGAAGGCCCACAGUUCUAGGUCUUCGAAGGAAACCAAGUUGGUUAAUCUUGAUUCCUUUCUUGUGAAUUCCCUUUGGUUGGAGGGUCCUGUUGGUUGGAGUGCUAAGUGGGCCGUCGGUCGUUCCGAUGGAAUUUUAACGUUAUGGAAACCAGGCUUGUCCGAGUUGGUGUUUAGCUCCGUGGGGGAAGGUUUUCUUGGGAUUCAUGUCAUUUGGAAAGGAAAGUUGUUGUAUUUGGUUAAUGUUUAUGCGUCGUGUUUGUUGGUUAAGAAGAAGGAAAUGUGGUGGAGGCUAAGGGAGCUCAAGAACAGAUUUCAACCGGGGGAGUGGUGUAUUGGAGGGAACUUUAACGCUGUCUGCAAAUCUGAUGAGAGGAAAGGAAUUGGUCCGUGUUCUAGUGUUGCCGAAUUACAUGAGUUUGAUGAGUUCAUUUGUAGCAUGGAGAUGAUCGACAUUCCGAUGUUUGGUAAUCAUUUUACUUGGUUUAAUCUUGCUGGCUCGACUUGUAGCAAGUUGGACCGUUUUUUGGUUUCUAGUGGCUUGAUUGAUUUGUGGAAUAUCGAGGGAUCAUAUGGUUGGUUCCAGGAGUGUCUCAGAUCAUUGUCCCAUAUGGAUGUUUGGAAUUCGUUGGUGCUUCGCGGGAAACCAGGUUUCAUUUUGAAAGAGAAGUUGUUUCUUUUGAAGACUAAGCUUAGAUCUUGGAAUAAGGAGGUUUUUAGGUUUGUUAAUUUUGAGGUAACUAAUGCUAUAAGUAAUCUCAAUUCCUUGGAUGCUUUGGUGGCUAAUGUAGAAGGGGGUGUUUUGGAGGAGGUGAGUGAUGCUAGGAGGGUGGCUUCUACUUUGGCUAGAUUUCGGAGAAAUGCUAUUUUAGGUCUUGAAACGUCGAGGGGGAGGGUGGAGGAGGUAGAAGAUAUCAAGUUAGAAGUGAAAUCUCACUUUGUUGAUAGAUUUCUAGAGCCGGUUUCCAAUAGAUCGGUUUUGGAUGGGGUGUUAUUUAAUUCUUUGUCUGAGGAGGAUAAUUUGAUUCUGGAAGCUCCUUUUUCUAUUAAAGAAGUUAAGAGGUUGUGUGGCUUAGUGAUUGUGAUAAAAGUCCCAGGCUGGAUGGCUAUUAUUGCCUCGUUUUUAGCUUUGAUUCUUAAAGGCGAUAAUUUGCAGCGAGUUGAAGACUUUAGGCCUAUUUGUUUGGUUGGUUCCUUGUAUCGUCUGAUUUCAAAACUUCUGGCGAGAAGGAUUCGGUUGGUCAUUGGAAAGUUGAUUUCUAGCAAUCAAUCGGCUUUUAUACAUGGUAGGCAGAUGAUGGAUGGGGUGGUGGUUCUAAAUGAGGUUAUUGAUUAUGCUAAGAGAAAGAAGAAGGAGUGCUUGUUUUUGAAGGUGGAUUUUGAAAAGGCUUACGAUUGCCUUUCUUGGGACUUCUUUAGAUACUUAUUUGGUAGAAUGGGUUUUGUUCAAAAGGGGCUAUCUUGGAUGGAAGGUAUGGUGUUCUCUAGUUCUCUCUCUGUGCUGGUCAACGGUAGUCCAACCACCAAUUUUAUGGUCUCUAGGGGUCUCAGACAAGGUGAUCCACUCUCUCCUUUUUUAUUCUUGUUGGUUGCUGAGGGUCUAGCUGGUCUUAUGAGGAAUGCGGUGGAUUUUGGUGGAUUUCGUGGGUUUCAUUUUUCUGAUUCUAUCCAUUAUGAGUUGCUCCAAUUUACUGAUGACACGAUCAUUAUUUAUGAUGGUUCGUGGAACAAUUUAUGGUGUAUCAAGGCGAUUUUGAGGGGGUUUGAAUUGGCUUCUAGGAUUUCCAUCAAUUUUCAUAAGAGUAAGGUUUUUGGCAUUCACAUUCUGGAAGACUUUUUGAAUGCGGCGCCCGGUUUCUUGCCUUGUGAUAUUGGGCAUCUUCCGUUUUGUUUCCUUGGUAUUCCGCUUCGCGCCAUUGUCUUGGAGGAGAUGAUUAAAAUUCAAAAGAAUUUUCUAUGGGGAAAAGGAGAUGAUAAGAGAAGUAUGUGUUGGGUUAGUUGGGACAAAGUUUGCUUGGCUAAGGAGGAUGGUGGGUUAGGAGUGAGGAAUUUGGAGCUGUUCAACCUUGCUUUGGUUAGUAAAUGGGGCUGGCGUUGUCUUAUGGACCGUGACGUUAUUUGGUCGGAGCUUUUGUUUUUUAGAUAUGGAGAUCCUUUGACUUACCUUCAUAAGGACAUGGCUAUGAAUGCUUUGAAAAAGACAUUGUCAUGGUGGAGAGAUGUCAGGCUUGUUUGUAAUCUCAAGUUGGGAACAUGUCUUCAGUUAGAGUUUUGGAAUCAUUGUUGGAUUGGUAGCACUCCUUUGAAGUGCUUUUUUCCGCUUCUGUUUGAUGGUUGUUCUUCGAAGGAUUGUAGAGUAGCUGACAUGGGCUUUUGGGAUGGUGAUCAAUGGGCGUGGGAUUUUGGUCUCGAUUCUCUUGAUUCGGCAGUGGGCCUUGCUCCUUCUCAGCAUGUGGGGGAUUCGGUUGUGUGGUGGCGUAAUCAAGACGGUUUCUCAGUCAGGAAUUGUUUCCGUAGGUUGUAUGGUUUGAUGGUGGUGGGUUUUCUGGUGGAUAGUGAUAGGCUUUUGACCAUUGGUAGUUUGUGGAAGGCUAAAGUUCCGAAUAAAGUAAAGAUUUUUGGUUGGCGUUUUAUCCUCAACAGUUUACCUUCCAAAAUGGAGUUGUUUCGAAGAGGUGUCAUUCGAGAUGCGUCUCAUCUUCUUUGUCCGGUGUGCUCCUUGUUUGACGAAGAUUUAUUUCAUCCGUUCUUUAAUUGUGCUGGAGCGAAGCGGGUUUGGGAAUUGGUGAUUGGUUGGCUUGGAGGUGAUUUCACAUCUUUUAGAACUAUUGAUUCGGAGCACUCUUUGGGAGACCAGGUUUGUUGUAGACUUUCUGGUAUUGUUCAACCUUCCCACUCUUUGUUCUUUUGGCUUUUGGUGUCUUGGUGUAUUUGGUGGGAUCAAAAUAAUCUGAUUUUUUGUAAUAAGAGGUGGCUAGUGGAUGAUAUUAUUAGUGGUAUUAAAUCUUUUGGUUGA